AUGUCAACAUCCGACAAGAAGUCGGACAUCAGUCUGGCCCAGGCUCCGUCCAACGUGGAGCACAACCAGACACCCCAUGUCAAGAAGCGGUUCAACUUUUGGACAGCCUUUGGCAUUGCUGUCUGCACGUCCGGAGCAUGGGAAGGUUGGACUGCCUCCAUCGCCCAGGGCCUGACAGGAGGUGGCCCUGUUGGGCUCGUCUGGGGCUGGGUAUUCGUCUCGGUCGGAAUUACAUGCAUGGCUUGUGCUUUGGCAGAAUUCGCCAGCAUGUGGCCUUCUGCUGGCGGACAGUAUGUCUGGGUUGCCAAUCUCGCCCCUAAAAAAUACGCACCUGCUCUGAGCUGGAUUACGGCUUGGUGUGGACUCUGUGGCUCAUGGCUUGGAGCCAUAUCUUGUGGUAUGGGUGUUGCCGUUCAAAUCCAGUCUUAUGUCGCAGUCUCACAAGCCUACGAACCGAAAACAUGGCAUGCCUUUCUGAUCUGUAUUUCGUGCAUGGUCUCAUGGAUUCUGGUCAAUAUCUUCGCAGUAAACGCCCUGCAUCACAUGAACUCGGCCAUCCUUGUCAUCCAUGUCGUCGGCUACUUCCUCGUCAUCGGUGUCUUGGCUGGCACCACUAAGGACAAGCACGACGCCGAGUAUGUUUUUACACACUUCCAGAAUAACACUGGCUGGGAUAGCGAUUUUGUAUCCUGGAGCGUCUCUCUCCUUGCCGCUCUGUACGCAUACUUCUCUCUUGACACAGCAACCCACUACAGCGAAGAAAUCCCCGAUGCCAAUAUCCAUGUUCCGCGGGCUAUGGUCCUUCAAGCUGGAGCCACAUCAAUCAUGACUCUUCCCUUCAUCAUCACCGUCAUGUUCUGCAUCGGUGACGUUGACGCGGUUCUUGCCUCGCCUAUCGGACUUAUGAGUCCCUUUACUCAAGUGAUGGUCAACAGCACAGGCAACGUGGGAGUCUCCGUCUUCCUAAACUGCCUCAGUUCUUCAGUGGCCAUGGCUGCGGGUUUUGAUCUCUGGGGUGCGGCGGCCCGAGCCAUCUGGUCGAUGGGUCGCGACAACAUGUUGCCCGCCGCAUUCGCCAAGCUGCAUCCUCGCUGGGAAGUCCCGAUUCUUGCCAACUUGGUCAUGAUUGUGCCAUCCAUUGCCAUCUUCAUGAUCUACAUUUGGAAUACCACUGCGUUCUACGGCAUCAUGGCCGGCGUUUUGGUAUCAUUCCAGUUGUCCUACGUGCUACCAAUUGGCGUCAACAUCUUUUAUUCCAUCUGGAAGAAGGAUCUGGCUAAGGGUCCUUUCGACCUGGGACGAUUUGGACCGAUUGUUCACGUCAUUGGCUUCUUUUUCGGUUGCUUCAUGAUCUUAUUCAUGUCCUUUCCAGUAUACCAUCCUGUCUCGGCUGCCUUGAUGAAUUAUGCAUCAACCAUUGUGGGCUCCGUGUUUCUCUUGGCGGUGGUAAUUUGGUUCUGCUACGGCCGAACCCGAUACACUGGUCCUCUUGACUUCGUAGCUGUUGAGGGCGUCCGGGUAGCAGGGACUCAAGGACUGGAGGCAGGUAAAUAA